UAAUUCUGUGGUUAUUUUCUAGGCUCUGCACCCCCUCCAACGAAGUAUGCGCCAAAGGCCAACAUCGCAGUGAAGGAACGUGUCUCAUACGACAAGCAGGUGACUCCCUGGGUUGAUGGUAGGAGAUGUCAAACCCAAGUUGGAAAAAUGACCACGAGAAACGGUACAUAUAGCAUGAGGUCGACUAAAGGAACGUGUGAUACCGCAUCUUCUAUGCGCAAGACAACAAAAUUCAUAAAACCUGCAGUGAAACAAAAAUUGUCUAAAGAACAGGAGAGCAUUAUGGAAAAGCAUUCAGACAUCAAUGAUCCGCGUGACAACGUUCUGAACUCAGCUGGUAAAUAUGUGGUCCCAGUGGAAGAGGAUAAUUCAACUGAUCUGAGGAGAAGAAAUAGUCCUUCAACACCCUCAGGCAUAACAGAGACCAACUCACAAGCUGCUGAUGUCACAACGAAAUCCAAACACAAUCAGCAAGAAGCCGAGCUCUGGAUUAAAAUAAAGGCUACUCAGGCACAGCUAAAAGCAGCUGAGGAACGCACGAAGGAAGAAGCUGAAUUACUGGAAAAAUCCAAGAAAGAAGCCUGGAACCACGUGGUUAACCUGUACACAGCACUAACAGGCAUCAGCAAUGAAAAUGAGGACAUUCAAAAUCUAAUAAAGGAGAACCAGAUGAUGAUUGGAAAGCCAGCUCUUCUGCUGUGUCAGCAAUGCAAAUUCUUGAAAAGACGUGAAGACUUUAAGCAAGACAAACAGACAGAACAGGUGGACAAGAAGAUUUCAGCGCAAGCAGAUAAAAUGAAGAAAUUGACAGUGGAACUAGAUAGAAAAUUUACUAAAGUUACAUAUUUAAAAAGUCAAAUUGAAGAAAUGCAACAGAAGAAGAUUAGUUUGCAAGAAAAACGUGCAUACCGUGAUGGAAGUAUUGUACGGCUGGAGUUUGCCUUUGAAAGAGAUAAGGUCCACAGUCCAUCACACCAACACAUGAAUGGAGACGUGAAAUUCUGCUAAAUUUGAUCGUGCUACCCUCAAACUUCCUGCUUCUGGUAUCCAAACACUAGCUGUAUGACAACUUCAACAUUACCAGUCUAAAAGUGCAUGAAGUUAACAAAUUCUAUCUUUGAAGAUGACUCUCUUCAGAGAUGUUGCGCGAUGUUUCAGAUGGCCUACUGUCCCCACCACCAUAGCCUGAGAACAGAAAUAUCGAGGGAGAAAUUGGGAGAAGGGGCAGACCACAGUGGAAUUACAUGAUUCAGAAAUGCUCAUUGCUCCUUCACCUGGUCUCAAUAGAAUGGCCGGUCUUACCACUGCAGGACUGACCUCAUUUGCUGGGUGUUCUGAUCUUCAAGGAGGCCCACAAACUCAGUGUUGUGGAGGACAGAAGCUUUCUGAUGUGGUUGAAGGUCGUGCUGACAGAAGGAAGGAAGGCGACAAGGAACAGGUUUCUCUGGGCUGACCCUGAUAGACUGAGGAUCUGAUAGCUGCUGCAGCUAUUUUGCCUCAAUGUGGCCCUUAAGAUCAUCAUGUAAGAAGUUCCCGCACGCACAGUAACCUCUAUCUUGAUUAAAACUCUCACCAACCUUCUAAAAAAUAGCAUGAACUCUAUGCUGUCAAAAAAGGGCCCGGUCGCUGUGUGACCGGGGAAACCUGUAUGAAGAGGUGGAGUUUCUCUGGGCCAAUUUCAGGCAGAAUGGCGACAGUAACUAGCAGAUCUGAUGGGCUCUCAGUCCACCAGAGAGAUGCCCCAGCCCUAGAGAAGCCUGUCUGUUGCCUUCCUUCCCUUCAUCAGCAUGACCUUGAACUGAAUCAGCAAACUCCUUCUCAAUUUCGUUCAGCCUGUGAAGGAUGACUUAGGACUCGGUACUCCAGAGUUGCCACCAAAUGCAGAUACAUGGACCAGAUGAUUAUCAGGGAGACGAUUAGGUUCAAACUACACCCUGAUAAGAACAGAAAUCGUAGUCUGCAUCUGAGCCACUCCAUCAAUGGACGUAGGAGGCCUCUGCUUGCUGUUUCCUCCUUUAAUGCCCUCUCGUCUGGCCAAGGUUCUACCUUAUUCAACCUGCACCCAUAUCUCAAGAAAGAUUUUCACAUGCAGCUUACUAAUGAUGGAGACAGUGACAACCUCUGAAUCAUCAGUAAACUUCCACCAGAUUACACAGUGCAACAUCUCGGAAGAUAGUCAUCCUUUAGCCAUAACAACCUGAAACAUCACAAUUGUACUCUUCAAAGUCAAUUUUUUGAAUCUCUGUAACCAUCGGUGCAGUAGGGGAUGUAUGAAUAUCAGUUCAAAGUGCAAAAUAUACUUUAACAUUGAUUAAACUGCGGGUUCUUCAAAUUCAAA